AGCUACCGCACCCAAACACAAUAUAUUGUAAGGCCUGGUGUUAGCAGUGGGUAUUGGCGUCUGAGCGGUUGGAGCUGGGCCAUCGGGGCAGCGGACACCAUUUUCAUAGCUGGGAUCGCGGCCAAAGGGGGCGAGGACAGCAGUGCAUCGCUCGUGCGGUGGCCAUUGCGGGGACCGGGACAGCAGGGUUUACAGCUGGGACAGCGCUUCGAGGCUGGGACAGCAGGGAGGGUUUAGAGUUUUAGUUUGAUAUGUCUGGAACGGAGGAGGACGCAGCUCUGCGCACUAGGUUGGAUGAGGCGCUACGAGCCAUAGAUGAGGCCAAGGCUGAGACGAAGGAGGCCAAGGCUGAGACGGAGGAGCUUAGGGCAGCACAGCGGCGGUCGGCGGGUGCACCUGCCAGCACCAGCCCAGGAGGCGACGGUCUGGUUGCUCCUGGGGGGGCUUCAUCUGCACCGGUGAGACCAACGUGGCCAGGCGGGGUGAGUCAUGAUGGCGGUACUGGGGUGCCGGGUUUGCCUUUGGGAGGUAUUGUCUGAACUCCUGUGCCUAGAACCCGUCAAAUUGCACCGCCGACACCUUUCUCAGUUGACGGAGACGCUUUCUGGCCUACGUGGACAACCAUAUUCUCCAGCACACAAUCUCCGGCAGUGCUGAGGUUCCCGUUGUCAGUUGUCAGGAUGAAGGAUACUUGACUCGCCAGUGUGGUCGUUCCUACACCCCGGUUUGUACUUCAUGUCCGGCCUUUGGGCACAACGCGUGGAGACAAUGGCACGGGAAGAGCCACGAUCGAAGCUGCGUAAGAGCAAGUGGUGCAGAAGGCCGGUUGCCGAGAGAAUCACCUUCGAUCUCGUCAUCUGUCGGUCGAUCUACAGUCACAUCAGUCUCAGUUUUGUUGAACGCCCCUCGCCUGGUAUUGUAUAGCGUUGUC